AUGGGCAACUUUUUCUAUGUCAACUUCAUGAUAAGUGAAUUUUCCUACCUGAAUAUCUCCAGUAUUGGGCGGAAUCUUAUUAAAGACGAAAACGAUUGUGGCUACGCCUGUCUAGAAAUUCCUUCGUGUUUUUCCUACAACGUGGCUGCCUUUCCUGAUGUCAACGGUAAACUUCUUUGCGAACUCCUGCCCUCGGACAAGUUCAACGCCAGCAAAGAGUUUCAUCACUUUUAUAUUCCGGUAAGUCAAACUUCUAAUUAAUCAUAAAUGUUCCUUCCGGGGAAAAUAGAAAGCUUCUUCUUGUUUGUUUUGUGUGUUUAGUUUCUUUCGACUCUCCCUAGUUUCGAAAGUUAUGUAUCUCUUCGAUUGGAAAAUCUUGAAUGCAGCAGAGGAUUAGAUUGUGCUUUUAAUGCAAAGACAUUAACUAAUGAGUUUGGGUGAGCCUUACCCUUUAGACUCUUAAUUGAACCGUCUGCUGACACCCAAACAUACUAGAUGAAAUCGAUAUAUUUAUCUUCGAAUGCCCUAAACGUUAACGAGGGAGGAGUUGCAGGCAGAGGUCUCGACUGUUUUAUUUGCUGACAAAAAGCGUUUAGUUCGCAAAGCACAUUUUUUUACCAUGAAGUUUCCUCAUUUAUUUGUUUGCCUAUAUUUGACCUGCCUUAAAAGUUACAGAAACGUUUUAAAACUCUUAGUGUAGGCUGAUCUGCUGCCGGUUAAAUAGAUCGACUAUAUCAGGACAACGUCUUGAAUUGCCAAUUCUGGGUAAAUGAGACAGCGUUGACUUUCAAAACCUCACUAAAAACUCAACUAAGCAAAUCCAGCGGGGAGUGCAAAAUAUAAAAAUAUAUAUUACUUGCCGUCCUUAAUUAUAUCCAUGUCAUUUAAGCAUCGACAUGAAUGUCAAAUUCGUUGCUUCUUGAAUUCAUGAAACAAAGCAAAAGGGAAACGAAGAAAAUUCAAUCCCAACGUUUCCUUACUGAAAGUUAACUGAGGCACCGAAACUUUCUCAUUUUCUAGUGCUUUUCUUGUUCUGUUUGGACAUUACUAUGGCAACACAAAACACCUAACCUGUUCACCUAUGGGAACAUUCAAUCGAGGGAAUUCGUAUCCAUUAAACGUUCCAGGCAAUAAAGGAAUUUAAACGAGUUAACUGCCUUGUUGAAACAAUUUUAAUUGUACCUACAACUUUCUUCUUCCUUUUUCACAUAAGAGAGGCACGUUGCCCCUAUAAUGUUUGCCUGAUUUAAUGGGAUAUUGCCAUAGCAACGCACAUUUAAAGAUAAAAUAAUGAACUGUUCGCGAUCGUGUUUCGUUAUCAUAAAAAACCGCUUUUGUUAUUGCGUCACAAGAAAUACAUGUUACUAGCGGUAGAAGUGCUAUACUAUGAAAAACCAAGCAUCAAAUUUUCUAAAAAUCGGAGACAAUAACUAAGGGACUUAUCAAAGUCUGCUUUACAUUUGUUAGAGCUGCGCAAAAUUCCCGUUACUUGAUCUCAUUAUUAUUAUUAUUAUUAUUAUUAUUAUUAUCAUUAUUAUUAUUAUUGUUGUUGUUGUUGUUGUUAUUAUUAUUAUUAUUAUUUAAGUGUUGGAUUUCUUUAUUAGGUCUUGGAAAGUCCUUGAUAUUCACAACCUUAUCUACACCAGAUACCAUUUUCAUGUAAAAUUAUAUUAUUUUGCCUAAAAUAUUUGACUCAUCCUCAAUGUAAGAACCUGUGAAACUCACGAAUAACGUAACAACAUUUUUGUGUAUGAACAAUAUUUUAUUUCUGUUUCUUUAUUUCAAAUGCUAUUUGAGAACCUAAGAUGCAAUUGCAAGUCAUACCUAGUCAGUUUGCAAAGUCUUAUUGCGGAAAGUAGACGUAUAAAAUAAUGUGAUCAACAAUGGCCGAAGAAGCGGUAAAAAUCACAAAAAACUCCUUGACGUGUUUUAGCAACUGUACGGUGAUGAAAGUGGGUUAAAGAAUGCCGAUUUAUUUGAUAAAUCUUAGUCUUUGAAAAUUAUAAUUUGUCCUUGAAAAAUCCUUGAAAAGUCCUUGAAAUGUUUUUGUCUGAAGUUGUAUGAACCACGGUUAUAGAAUUCGGCUAGAUUCCUGCUUGGCCUUCUUUUAUAUAUCUUAAUUCACGGCAACGCUAAACGCGACCAGUUGCUCUUCCAGCAGCUUGUUCUCAACGGACGUAGGAGAGGCAACAGGACGAGUUAGAUUCUGUGAAUGCCAUGUUUUUGAACUGUUUGUGUUCGAGCAUAUUUUUGGAAACUUAAUAUCAGAGUUUACUUUCCCUUUUUAAUGACGGACUGCUUACAACGGAGUAGUGUACCAAUGAUACUUGGUUCUGUUUUUCUCCACGUCGCAUUGAUUCGGCACGAUCGAACAAUUUUGCGCGAUCAAUGUGGGUUUCCCUAUUUAAAAAAAUGUCAAAACAAAGACAUCAACAACAGCGUCUCUUUUGUUCUGUCAGCAUCUAAAUUAUAAAAUCAGUAAAGAAAGACAAGUCUAACUAUUAAAAGAUUUGAAACAGUCUUGGCCCCUGUUGUACAAACGUUGGACAGCGCUAUUCACCAGAUAAAUCGUUAUCCAGAGGAUAAGCAUGACGAAAACCAAUUGCGCUAUCCGUUGGAUAGUGGUUUAUCCAGUGGAUAGCGCUAUCCACCUUUUGAACAAAUAGGGCUUCGUCUUUAUUAGUCUUUGGUCUAGAGUCUUUUGUAGGUCGUUAAUAAAAUAAAAUUUUGAUCUAUUUUGUUGAAUACGACAAUGUUGUUGUUGAGUUUUUGUUUGCGCUCUACUUUUAUGAAUGGCAUGCGUUCGAAGAAAUUGAGAGAACUUGAUCUAGUAUAACCAGAGAGGAAACAUUCUUUAAAUUCUAUCAAAAUAUCCCUUAUACAAACCCAAUCGCUUGUAAACGUCUCUGUAAUUUUCAGAGGAAGUGACAGAGAAAGUCAAGCGUUUUAAACAAUAGAAUUUUGACGGUUGAAAGUAAUUUGCAUAACUUCAGCGCGCAUGCUCUCCAGCUGACAUAGCCCCUUUAAGUUGGGGGAUGAAGAACGUCGUGUUCCAAAAGUCCGAAAUUCUUUUGAUUCUGACUAUAAGAAUAACUACGAUCACACACCUUGCUAAGCCUGAAUCCAUAAUAAAUAUCGUGAAAAACUUUACCAACAACAAUUUAUCCGGCUAAUCAUAAGAUUACAUUAUAGUUUAAUUAUACUUAAUACUUAUAUUGUAUAUCUGGCUUGCUUCUCUUUGUGUAGUCUCCAUGUGACAGCUCGCCCUGUAAGAACACUGGCAAAUGCAUUCCCUUGUACCAGAAAAAUGGAUAUAAGUGUACCUGCGUGAAAGGAUUCACGGGACGAAACUGCGAAACGAGUAAGCGAUACUUGGCUGAAACAAGUAUAAAAUUAUGCUUUUUGUUUUCUCUAAACUGUCUCUCUCUUGAAAGUUAAAUCACAGGGGGGCACAUUAUUAGAGAACUUUGCCAGUGGAGAAACCCUGAGUACUACUACAUGUUGCAGCGUAUUUUAAUUUUUGCUGAAGUCGUAUGUACUGCUAGAAAUUGCGGAACAUUCUGUAAAAUACCUUUGCUUUGACUCUCUCCUACAGAUAUAAAUGACUGUGUCAAUAUCACUUGUUUGAACAAUGGAACUUGCAUCGACCUAAUUGAUGGCUUCAACUGCAGUUGCCCUCCAGGAUAUGCUGGGAAUCGAUGCGAAAUUGGUUAGAUUCUUUUUGUUAUUAUUUGCAUUGAAUUUUUCGCCCAUACGCAACAUGUUAUACCGUCUAUACCGUGUAGCAUGAAAUUUUUGACGGACUUUUAUUUUGAGGAUUGGCGAUUUUUUGAGGUUUACAGGAACAAAUUUUUACGGCUCCAAUUGACUGAAAUUUCCGCUGGGAUGGAACUAAUUUUUGCCGGCGGUUUUCUUUUCGAGCAGCAAAACAUCAACAAGGCAUCGAGGAUCGUAAUAUUUUCAACUUUUAUUACUUUUUUUUAAGGUAAAACAGCAGUCUAUACUUCUCAGACAUUUCAGUCAACGACAAGCUGGUCGGUUACAACAAAACAUUUCCAGUUAAGCUGUAAAAGCCCGACUUAAAAUACAAAUUAAAAUACAACGAAUCUAAACUCAGUCAAUCAACACCUGUUGCGCAAGCAACAGCAGAAGCGUAUCUAGAGCUACCGGUAGAGCAUCGUUGUUCUUCAGUGUACCUCUUGUGCCUUAGACACUGGAAAAGUAUUGACUUAAACUUUUAUCGUUUUAUCGUUUCGUUUUAUUUGUAUAGCAGGCAAGGUCCGAUUGCUUUUUCUCAUCAGGGCAAAUAUUAAACGAAACGUUCUUGUUUUAUCCUGAUGUAUGGUACUAGCAGCACUGAUGGAUUAAAAGCUAUUUUUAAAUAGCGGUUUUUAAUUUUGCUAGUUUUUUUUUUUUUGUUAUCUGCCGGAACUUAUUUUUGCGGAUCAACGACCAUCCGCAAAAUCCACAAGAAUUAAGCACCGUAUAAUAAAAGUGCUACACGGUACAUCAAGUUAUGUAAGUACCUAAUAUAGGUGAAGGUGUUGAAUGCUGUUGGGUGAUAAUAUACACGAUCAAUUUAAAUCCUACACGAAGCCUUUACAUCCAGCCGACAAUGCGAGUUCAGCUGUCCCUCCUCAUUCUUCCCCGCUAGAGGCGUUUCGUGGGAGAGAUGUUUGCAAUUCAGCCAGCAAAUUUAUUGAUUACGUACAUCUUUCUGAAAUCUGGUGAUUGGUCGACUUUGUAAUCUCAUUCUUUUAGCUUUUGCAUCGUGCGCGUUCGACGUUAGGAGAACUCAACCUCUAAUAUUUUGGAUUCCUGUAGAACUUGCUUCUCCUCCCAUAGUCAGGUACAUGUGUUGCCUUUUCAACAUUUUUUUUGCCGUACGUCUGCAUUUUUGGCGCCGGAAUUUAGUCAUAGGUACAUUCCCAUUACCCUUGUUCGAUCAAGAAAAAACAGAUGGUGCAACUCGUCAUUUUUCGAAAGCACGGAGUUAUUUGAUUUAGGCGAGAGAAUUAAUUUCGAGUUGUUUUUGAGGCGGGUUCUAUCCCCUGAGAUGGCGAUUCUGGCCUACCCUUCUCGGACGAUACUUCAUUGUUAGUAAGAGAUGUUAUACCGGUCAGAUUGAGCUGAAACAUCGUACCAAGACACAAAUAAACACCAGGGCCCAGCUGUUCGAAGAACACUAUUAUCGCUUGAACCCGGUGUUAAAUUUUAAUCUGGAUUUCUCUUUCUUUUGCACGAAAGCAUUUUCUCGGGUAAUUUUCGCUAUUCUUCAAUUUAGAAACAUUCCAUCACCUCAUUGUAGACAAAAAUAAUUAAACUGAAUUUGUUUUUUUACGCUUUCAUAGCUGAAUUCAAAUUUUGCACUAACUCUGGGUUAUCUCAACCCACAAUCUUGGAGAAAAAUGUUGGGACAAAUGGACAUUACCAUGUCUAGAUUCAAGAUAAAGCUUUUGAAAGCGCUGACAACUACAAAUACUCUCCCUUGUCCACCCAAAACAACAACGUUGAAGCCGGGGUGGAUCAUUUCUAAACCCGACUAGACAACUUUGACCAGGGUGGGGCAAGGGGAGGGGCCAUAGAGGGAUAAGCGUUCUGGAGGGUAAGAGAGUGCAAAAUAGACAACACUUUUUGUCCAAGAUUGCAUCUUUGAACAACCUGGCUCAGUACAGGUAACAAUUUUCAUGCUCUUUAUGCUCUGUUGAGGACUUUACCUGUGCGUUUGCUUCUAUUUAUUUUUCCCCACUGCACAAAACACAUUCCGGGAUAAAGUACGUUACGUUUACAGAAUUUUACCCGUGUAUUCCCAAGUAGUGCUUAUUUCGACGUCUGAUGUAUCUGUGCGGAAUUUUUUGGAGCUGAAUAACGAUGAACAGUUCGCACAAUGGCAAAAGAUUUUGUACCCUAAGCGAUGUUUGUUUCGCUGACAUCUGUGAUCUCGCAGAGACCUAAAUGAUCUAUCAUUACUAGUUUACAAUACACAAAGAUCAAAUGUAAACGGGAUGAAUCCACUAAAAACAUUCAUUAUUGGUGGAGUACAUCUUUGUUACAUCUUCGUUACAUCUUUGUUUACAAGAAGACAUUUGAGUUUUGCUGUCACACGCACGCAGAAGAACUGGAAACCUGACGAUAAUAAACGAACCCCAUGACUACCAGCGAGACUGAUUAUGUAAACAUCGAUUUACGUCAUUAGCUGCACCAAGGGCCCAAAAAAUAAUAAAUUAAAAAACUGAAUAGAAAAAAAUAAAGAAAUAGGGAGGAGGUAGAAAGGAACCUUUUCUCCCCUUCCCCUCUCCCUACUUCCAUUUUCUUUGCUCUCGCUCCCACUUUCGAGCGCGGAAACGCUUGCUGCACAGCCUAGCCGAAUCGGUGACGUUUCUCCCGCAAAAAGGUCCCUAGCACUGGGGAGCAAAGAGUUACGGCUGUAUUCGCCGAUCUGAGAGUGUCUGUCGUCCGUUUUGUAAUAUGUCGCUGCCUGGCAGCGUCACCUACAUUCAUUCGUCUGAAUUAUAGUCUAAACAAGGCUAAUUCCGGCAAAAUUAUGUUCUUCGUAUUCAUUUUUAGUUAGCUUGAUGGACGGCCUCUUGGCCUGUGCAUAUUCUCGAGUUUAAGAUGUUUCGAUAUAGGUUUUCAGAGGCCAUACCGAUAUUUUUCAAUCACUUUAAAAGUGAUUUUAUCCUUGUCCGAUCGCUAUAAAAUUUUCACCAGUAAUUGGCUGUGGAUUGAAAUUUGUGAAAAUGUAGUUUUAAGUAAAAUCGAUAAUAUAUACUAUUAAUUUGGACUUUUAUUAGCGCUUUUUUGUAUAUCUCUAAAACGACUCGAACGAAUUUUUUUUAAUUUUUUUUUUCCCAUAAUCUUCAUAAUGUAUACAAUAACGUCUGAAACUUUAAUUAAGAUUGAUUCACUGCAACAUCUUGAAAUUUCAAGACAAACCUAUCCUACGAUCCUGUCAAAAAUCCGCGCUACAACAUUCAGUGUUUUGACGUUAUGCUAAUUCUUUCAAGUUAAUGCAUGCGGACAAUACAUAUAUUCCUGACUAGUACAUUUCAGUGUGAGCAUUGUCAAUGUUUUACGUUCAAAAGAUAAGAUAAAUUCACACUAAACUGUACUAUUCAUGGAGGUAUGUAUAGUGCGCAUUAUUUUGGAAAAUUAGAAUAACAUCUAAACAGUGAAUGUUCUAACGCAGAUUUUUGAUAGGUCCGUAGGACAGGUUUGUCUUGAAAUUUUAAGGCGUUGCAGUCGUGAAUCAAUCUUAAUGAAAGUUUCAGACAUUAUUAUAUACAUUAUGAAGAUUAUGUGAAGAGAUUUUAAACAAAUUCGUUCGAGUCGUUUCAGAGAUAUACAAAAAAGUGCUAAUAAAAGUCCAAAUUUUGAAUGACGUUGCACUUAUACAGGUGGUGAGAAAACGGAUUAGUUUUCAAGAUCGCAAGAACGAAAAUACUCCAAAAUUUCCUAGCAUCAAACUAUGAGAUUAAGCAGCAUUUUCAAGCUACUUAAGAAUAAUUUGAGUCAUUUAUAACGUUUUUAUUGAAUAAUCUAUAACGGCUAUUGAAAAUUUAAGGUAUGAAAUAUAUUUUGAGUCGUUUUAGUCGAAUUCAAACAUACAGAAUUUUUUACUCCUUACGGAGACUGUUUGCUGAACACCAAACUGUGAGUUCCUAGUGUUGGAUUUUCAGUAGCUGGUCUAGUUCACACAAAAUUCGGCUUGUAUCAUUUUCAAAGUUUUUUGUUUAUCGUUAUCGCAGUAACAUCGAUUUUACUUAAAACUAAAUUUUCACAAAUUUCAAUUCAUAGCCAAUUACUGGUGAAAAUUUUAUAGCAAGGAAAAAAGUCAUGAUUUUUAAGGCGAUUGAAAAAUAUCGGUAUGGCCGCUGAAAAACUGUAUCGAAACACCUUAACCCUGAAAAAUUGCGGCACGUCGUUGCUCUAUGUUUCGCCACGAAUAGCUGGAUGAUGUCUGCAAGAGAUAUAAACAAGUGAAACCAAUUCCUAUUUUCUCUUUCACCCAGAUGUUAUCUCGACUGUGGUAAAACAGUUUCUUUCCCCUGCGAUUGGGAAUAACAGCAACUGGGCUCUGUGUUGGCAGGCCUCCACUCAUGGUUGGGCUGCCAGUACCUUCCACAGCAGAUGUGAUUGGAAAAAUCACACGAUUGCAAUCAUCAAAAAAGGCUCGUACGUGUUCGGAGGAUACACUGAUAUUCCUUGGGGUAAG